AUGGGAGCUGAGUUGGGCACAGACGAGCAGGUUGGAAAGCAGAGUAUGGCAUCAAUAUCAGGGCGGGAUAGUGCUGAAGGGAUUGCAGAACACAUGGGUGGCGUAGCAGCAGAUUCAGAAGGAACGGAAUGCGUUGCAGCAGCAGCAGCAGCAGCAGCAGCAGCAGAGGCUACGGAGUGGAUGAAUCUAAUGCAAGCCAUGGAUAUGGAUGGCUCGCCUGCUGGGGCGCCGCAUAUCCAUCAUGGCCACUCCAGCAACCCUUUCCAUAACCCUCUCUGUAGCCUUCCCAGCACAUCUUUCGGCAAUCCUCUCAGCUCCGGCCCCAGCAACCAGACAGGCAUGGAGAGCCUUGGAGGGGCACUAGGGGUGUUGGAAGAAAUUCCGUUCAACGUCUCAGGAUUUUCUGGUGAUUUUGCUGGACACACCAACAACAGCGCAUCAGAUUUUUCGCUCCUGCCCUGGGAGUUUCAGCUCUGGGACUCAACAGAAGCAGUGCUUGUGAACGGCGCCCCUAACCUUGGCACUCCUGCUGGUGCAGCUGCUCCUGCUGCUGCCGCUGCUGCUGCUGCUGCUGCUGCUGAUGCUGCUGAUGCUCUUGCUGUUGCUGCUGCCCCUGCUGCUGCUGUGUGUGUCGGUAUUAUUGGUGCAGAGACACAUUCGCUUGCAGCUGUUGUAGGUCAGAAGCAAGGAGGUCUUGCCUGUUCUGUGACAGGACACCAGGAGCAACUGCAGCAGAAGCUGCAGCAGCGGCAAAAUCAAGGGCAUAUCCAGGAGUCAAGUGUCUGGAGAUCACAGGGAACAUCAGCAAUGGCUGCUGCAAAGACUGGCUUUGACAGCCAUAACCCCACCUGUCACCCCUCAUCAAUGCCCUCUCAUGCAACGACUUCUCUUGCUGGAGCUUUUUCCCAUCCGCCUGGUUCCACUACCCCUGGUCCUGCCACUGGUGCUGUCCCUUCUCUCCACGAUGAUGGCUUUGGCUUUUUUUUUAGCAGUGCUCCUGCUUCUCCCACUGUUACUGCUUCUGCUGGUAAUGCUACUGCUGCCCUUUGCACCCCAAUUCAUACUGCUUCCGCCGCUGCUGUUGCUGCUCCUGCUGGGAACCCCUCCGUAGCACAAGAGCAUAUUCACGCCGAUUCACCUGUCAAUACCACUCUCCAACCAUCUGCACCUGAAGCAGUGCCAGCUCCAGGCAUGCCCCUUUGCAGACUCCUUGCAAGUUUCAGCGCUGCCAUGGAGCACAACCGGCAGAUUCUGGAGCGGCAUCAACAGCGCCUGCUGAACCACGCCCGGGAGUCUGGUCACCACCGGGAAGAUGGGCGCCCGGUCAACUUCAAGAGAAGUCGCAAGGGAGAAAAUGAGUGUUGCCACAUGAAGCGUGAUAAGGAGCAUGUAUCGAGCAUGCAAUCAUGGUUCAUGCAUGGGUCUGAGGCCGAGAGCCACCAAGGGGUUGGAGAGAGCGUUGCAGAUGGUGGGGCUGAUGCUGCUGGGCUCAGACAAGAUAGUCAAUGCUUCAGAGUUACCAACGGGGAUCAGUCCAUGGUUGGACUCUUCAGUAGGGAAGCAGGGAUCACUCCUCAACCUCAAGGCUCGCUUCCAGAGUAA